AUCCGCGCUACGAUCAACAGACUCAUCUUGUCGUCGUCCAAAAAGCCGCUCGUUCCAGCUGCAAAGCAAAGCGCUCUCGCACACCAGUCACGCGACAUCGCGAAGACCUCCACGAGAGCCGCACCAAAGCGCAAAGGCCGACGCGACUCGCAGACCUUUCCCCAGCUGACGACCGACGGCCCACGAGAAAGUCUGUUGUGGACGCGACGUGAAGGUUGCUCUAAGUGGUACGGACCCUUAGCGCCGCGCAAGAAACGUCUCUGCUACGCGACUCGUGCGAAGGGUCUUUGCAGCCGCAGACGAUUUCCGAAAUUGGUGACAGCGCCAGGAUUGAAGGCAACACGAAGCAUUCGGCGUCAGAAUCUACGUCAACGAGAACAACACUAUAAUGGCCGUCGAUGCCGAUGCUGCCGGAGCGGGGGGGAGCCAGUGGGGUCGAAUCUUGAUUGCUGGAGGGACAGACUGGCCUAAUCUUGGGAGGAAGAAGGGAGCGGGAGAGCAGCCAGCCUCACCUGAUCUCCCAAUGCCUCACAUCCUCCGAGAAGUUGCCAACUUUCAAUUCACCAAGAUCUUCUCGGGACACAGCGCAUGCCACGCCGUCUUUGUCACGGUGCAGGGCGACGCAUUCGUCUACGGGCGCAAUGAGAAGGGGCAAUGCGGCCUACCCAUCUCCCCGCUCGAAGGCCAGCAAGGCGGCAUCUCAGUAGACAGUCCCACCCACCUUUCCCGUUCGCGCAACUUCCUUCCCGCCCUCGACUCCUCCCCCAAAGGCGACAUAAUCCACGCCGCAUGCUCACGCUCGCACACGCUCCUCGUCACUCGCUCCGGUCAAGUCUACGCUUCAGGGUCAAACGCCAACUCACAGAUCGCCCUGCCUCGCUCAGGCGACACACAGAUCUUCACGCGCAUCGAAGGGGCACCAUGGUCUAAAGGAUCCGACCCUGUGAUCCAGGUUGCGGCAGGGUUGACUUUCAGCCUCUUCCUCACCGCCUCUGGCAAAGUCUACGCGUGCGGUUCAAUGGAGAAGGGUCAGCUAGGCAACGGGCGCACCGGAGAACACUUUGUCAGCGGUAAUCGUAUGGCUUUCGCUGAAGAGUCUACCCCCACACAAGUCAAAGCCGGUGGGCUGGGCGAGAAGCACAUUGUGGCUAUCUCAUGUGGACAGCAGCACUCCAUUUGCCUCGACAAGGACGGCUUCUGCUACGUGUGGGGAUUCGCAGGGUAUGGCCGUUUGGGGCUAGGAGACGCACAGGAUCGCUAUGCCCCUGCUUUGGUGCCGCAUUUUGCAAGGGAGAAUGUGGCCUCCCGUGCAGCGGACAUUGUGGCUGGUCCGACCAGUACAGUGGUCAUCGACAAUUCAGCGACCUACUACCUCGCAGGCAAAUGGAAGACGAGUGGUGAUGGUGGAUCAGGACAGGGAUGGACCUCCUUCCGGUACAUGCAGUCGCUGAUGGGCUGCAAAGUCCGCAAAGCCGCUCUGGGUGGGGUGACCUUGUUCGCUAUUGCGGACGAGACGGAUCCUGGCCUGCAUGGGAAGGAGGCGACGAUGAAUGUCGCGUGGGGGCAGAGUGCUGGAAAUGGGGAACUUGGCCUUGGAGAGGGCAAGCCGAGGAGCGCUACGCUGCCCAUCAGAUGUGAGACGUUGGACGGUGUGGGGUUGAUCGAUGUUGCCGCAGGACAGAACACCACCUUUUUCCUCGCCCGCCCAUCAGGAUCAGUCUAUUCGGACUUGCCCCGUUUCCCAUUCGCAGUCGACUCCUCCUCGGAGGUCUGCAUGGGCUGCUCGAAAGACGACCCAAGCAAAGCCGACUCCCUUCUCGAGUGCGACAAGUGCGAGGACGCCUGGCAUCUCGGCUGUCUCACGCCUCCGCUUGAGGCCGUACCAGACGGAGAAUGGUUCUGCCCGCGCUGCAUCAAAGAGGCGGAGGAUGUCGCGAGUGGUGGCGCCAGCAACGGGAGCGCUGAUCGGGGUCAAGAAUCAGAUGAGGAGGGGGAGCCUGCCGCGAGUGGACGUGGGCGUGGACGCGGACGUGGCAGGGGACGUGGGAGAGGCGCUGCCAGCGGCGUCAAGAGAAAGGCCAGUGAUGACGGAGACGACGAUGACGGCGAUGAUGAGCACGUCGCAAGCCGCGGCAGAGGCAGGGGCCGUGGACGCGGGCGCGGGGGAGGGCGAGGCAGGGCAAAGAAGGCAUAAAGCUGCCGAAGUUAGGAUCAAGAGUCACUCAAGCGGGCCAGCUGUUUAAAUCUGUCGGGCUCCUUGCGCCCAUUUCACCGUUGUCCAUGCAUCUAAUCAUAAUGGCUUUAUUCCGAGCAACCCGC